GCCACACUCCCCACGUGGUCUUUUCUGUCCUGGAUCCUGGCUGGACCAGCCCAGCGCAGCAGCUGGGUCUCAUGGAUUCGCAGUCCCGCUGUGUGGUGGUGACCGGUUUUGGGCCCUUCCGGCAGCACCUGGUGAAUUCCAGCUGGGAAGCGGUGAAGGAACUCUCCAAGCUGGGCUUAGGGGUGGACAUAGAACUUCAAACUCUGCAGCUGCCUGUGGAUUACAGGGAGGUAAAACAGAGGCUCACUGCAAUCUGGGAAGAAUUUCAACCACAACUUGCUGUGCAUGUGGGCAUGGACACCUCCACCAAGGCCAUCUUUCUGGAACAGUGUGGUAAGAACCGAGGCUAUCGGGACUCCGAUGUAAGAGGCUUCCAGCCUGAGGAUGGAGUGUGCCUCCCAGGGGGCCCGGAAGUGAUGCUGUCCGUUAUCAACAUGAAGGAGGUCUGUCGGCGUGUGGCUGUUGAGGAUGUCGAAGUGGCCUUUUCCUGAGAUGCGGGCAGGUACAUCUGUGAUUACACCUACUACCUGUCUCUGCACCUUGGGACUGGGCAUGCAGCACUCAUCCACGUCCCUCCUCUGUCACCCUGCCUCUCAGUCAGCCUUCUGGGCAAAGCCUUGCAAGUCAUCAUCCAAGAAAUGCUGGAAGAAAGUGGGGAAGUCCAGACUCAAAGAACUGCAGCUUAAGGGACACAGCGGGGGGGGGGGGAUGCCUUCAUUAGAUGAUGUUUCAAGUGUGGGUGGAGAGGCAGUUGUACUGUGAGAGGCUCUAAAUAAGUGACUAGUGAAACGGUUACAAAGCUAGGGGUGGUGGCAUCAGGUGGACACACAGAAUCAGACUUAUUUUAGUGUCUAAAGUAAGAAGAAAAACCCCAAAGGCAGAUGCUUCAUAAGGGGAUUAACUAGGGGACGCUAUGACUUUCUUGACAAUAAUAUGCAAGACACUGGUCUCCCUUCCAAGGCUGCGUGGUCCUUCCUGGAUUGGUGUGAUGACAGAGCUGCUUCAGAGGGUCCAGAAAAGGCAGGCUUAGCCCUGGCUCAGGGGGCCCAGAUUCUGAUCCCCAAGCUUGUCAUUUAGGUCUUGUGAAUGGCUUUGGGGCCACCCAGUCUCUAGUCCCCGCCAUCAUCUUUUUUUAAAAAAAAGAUUUAUUUAUUUUAUAUAAGUACACUGUAGCUGUCUUCAGACACACCAGAAGAGGGCAUCGGAUCCCAUUACAGAUGGUUGGGAGCCACCAUGUGGUUGCUGGGAUUUGAACUCAGGACCUCUGGAAGAGCAGUCAGUGCUCUUAACCACUGAGCCAUCUCUCCAGCCCCUCACUUGUCAUCUUAACGAUUCUUAGAUGAGCAGUUCAGUGGUACUUAUUAUUCACACUCUGCUAGGCGGUCAAGCGCACAGUCCGUCUCUAGCCCUUUCUCUGUAACCACUUGUGGUGACAUAUGAAAUGCCACCCCGUCCCCCCUGUGUUUGAAUCGCUUGGUCCCCAGUUUGUUCCUGAUUUGGAGGGCUGUGGAAUCUUUAGAUAGUGGAUCCUUGCCUGAGAAGCGAGUUACUGUCAGCGAGCUUCUCCCCCACUUCCUUUUCACUCUCCAUUCCUGACUGCAGAUGCCACGUCAGCAGCCGACUGUCUCCUGCUGCCCCUCUGCCUUCCCUGCGUGUGGUGUGCCUUCUGCCUCCCUGAACUGUACACCAGGACAAGCCCUUUCCUCCUUAAGUUGCUUUUGUCAGGGUGCCCUGUCACAUUAGGAAUGAUGGUAAUGCUUUUGAAAACUCCAAGUCCACAAGAAAUCUGCCUGCGUCUGCAAACAAACAAAACCCCCCAAAACCCAACUUUACAAGACUCCCUCUACCUGCCAAUAAACCUGGAACAUUUUAUACAUGACAGAGCCAAGCCAUACUACGGCGGAUCAAAGCCCAAGGUGGAUUGGGAAGGUCCCAUGCAGACAUGCAGACCCCUCUCUGAGCAAAGAGGCAGGUCAAUCUCUUGAGAUCUAGGACAGCCUGGUCUACAGAGUGGGUUCCAGGGCAGCCAGGGCUACACAGAGAAACCAUUAUUUCAAAAGGGUUAAAAUAAAAAAAAAGUGACUCGGAUUCAGAGGAGAGGGGAGUCUAACCUUUAAAGGUCUACUAGCACCUUCAUCCUUAGAAGUGGCUGCCUCUGCCAGGCAGGUUUUUUGUAAGACCUUCAGUGCAAGCUAGAGGCAUAGCUCCAGUCUGGGACAGGACAGAAAUAAAACUUUCAUAGUCACCUAGUGAAGCUCCUUGGGCAUUUGGUGAGCAAAAACUCUGGGAUAGAACCAGAUUGGAAGGUGUGCGCUUUCAAAAUGACCUUUUGAUUAUACCUGCUGGGUUUGGUUACUCAAGAUACUCACUGGGUCUUGAGUCCCUUCUGAUUUGCUUCUGAAUCGUCUUACCAUUCAGUUCUUUAUCCGGUGUCCUGAUUUUAUCAGUUUCCCCACCGUCAGUGUUCAGUGAGAAGGCUGUCCACGCUCCCAAGAGUCUAGAAUGUACGGCUUGCUUCAUUUUCCAACCAAAACUGCCCACCAACUUCCCAGGACGAAGAUGGAGAGGUGGACAUUUCAGAGUACCCGUGGGCAACCUAACUAUUCAUCGCCUUGCAGUCAAGGCAGUGGUUCCCUCCAGCACCCUCUGAGGCACCCCAACUGUGAAGCAUUACCAAGGGCAUGAAAAUGUACACACUCAAGUUUCCGGCAACCCAGCCCCACCCGCAGGCUCACACAUACCAAACCCACCGUGGCCUUUUGUCCCACGAAGGCCGGGAGACAGGUCCACCUGUAAAGCAGCAUGGAAACCUGUGCUUCACGUAGUCUAAUUUUCCUCGAGCUGAUUUGAUGGGGAGACAGGAGCUUCUCCAAGCUCAACAGCAAUUUGCAUUCGGAGAAACUCAGCUGUCAGGGAUGCGGUGGCUGAGCAUUUCCGAGUGACACGAGUGAACGCACCAUGGGAGGGCUCGGCUCCCCGAGGAAGUGGGGGAUGGUUCCAGAAGGGAGAGGAGACAAAAGGUGCAUACAGAAUUCUUUUAUUUAACUUAAUUCAUGUGGUACUUUAACUACUAGAAAAAAGCAGAGUAAUAGACUCAAGUGGCCUUAGCUUCAGCCAUUCAAAAUAGACAAAGUUUCUUUUUUUCAUAAUGUAAAGAGUCCCGAGUAUGUUGCCGCAACAGGAAUAAAUUCUUACAACAGAAUAUACAAAAACAUUGAAUUUUUUUUCAUCUACUGAUUUUUUUUUAUAUAUAAACAGAGGGUUUUUUUUUUUUUAGGAAUAAUUUACACACAGAAAGUUAUUUUAUGUAACAAAUUGGCCAUAUUUAUCUUUUUUAGACUUUUUUUUCUUUUUUAAGAAAAAAUUUAACAAGAAAACUCAGAAAUGCAUUAUUGACGAUGCAUCUGUUCCGUCCCGCUUUCUGAUUUGACUUUAUUUAUUUAUUAUUUUUUAAAAUCCCAGAGGUAGAUAAGCUCUGGCAAAGUUCUCACCUCAACCUCACUGGCUUAGGAAGCAGACAGGGGAUGCCACCGGCAGGCACCCGUGCCUGGGUACUGUGUCUGCACACUGCCUGAAAUCCACAAGAAACUGAAAAAACCAUACCAAACCCACCGACGGUUCCUAGACCUUUCUCCUGUAGUGUUAGAAAGUUCCAGAUGUUCUCAACAACGGUGUCUUGUGGAACCAUAGAGACACGGCCAAUAAUGCACAGGGAGCCAAAGGACAUGGAUUUUAAUUCUAAAAAACAGGGGGGGGGGAUGAGGGGGCACACGCUGUGGUUUUUGUUACCAGUUUGUUCUGUAUUGGUUAAAAAAAAAAUGGACCUUCAGCGUUCGGCAUUAAAUACAGGUAGGCACAGCUUUCAUUAGGGCCUGAGGCACAUGUGCCCAUGGCCUGCACAACAGAAUCAUGUGACCACUGUGAAGCCUCUCAAGUGUCCUGAAACCCUCCCAUCUCCACCGUGUUGCAAGACUAGAAUCAGCCACACCAGCCAGAUGUCACCAGUGAGUGCCAUCUCUUGCUGGGUGGCAACACACCCACUACUUCCAUGGCCAGCGAGAUUCUUGGUUCGUUCUAUCUGUUUAGGCGGCUAUACUCCACCGGGAACAGUAAGUAACAGAUAAUUCCAUUCCCCAGCACAGGGUUCCAAGACCAAGAUACUGAAGAAUUCAGAAGUACUUUUUAAACCACUGGCAUUCCUUUUGUCUUUUUUUUUGUUUUGUUUUAAUUUUUUUUAAAAAUUUUUAUUUUUUACAAACUAGAGCAGAAAGCAUAUGGGAAAGGGGCGAACCACAAUUUGGGUCCCGGGGAGAAUUUUUUUAAUUAAUUAAUUUUUUAAAAAUUUUUUAUUUUUUAUUUUUGGCAUAUUGUAAAGCUAGCUAGUAAACAAGUGUCAAAAAAAAAAA